GUCUCUCUCUGCUGACGGUACUUGACCAACUUUGUGUCACUUGUUCGAAUACUUGGAAUUUGCCGUGAAUUAGACACCGACAUGGUUAAUUACUGCCGUGUUUUAGGACUCUGGUAAAGAUGAAUGUAAGCAGAUCGAUUCUUCGUGUCCAGUUAUGUGAUCGAGCAGUCAAAAGGUCAACAUCGAAAAAGACCGACAAAAGCCGAACUCGAUGUCGAGAUGACUACGUUAGUGGAAAUGCGGAGACGGAAGCCGAGACAGUGGACGUGGAAUCAGUUGCCGGACAGUUGACAGAGAUGGAGCUGGAGAUUGACUUGGUCCACAGAGAAGCAUGUGCCGCAAAGAAGCAGAUGUACGUCGACCCUUCCAGUGGGUACAAGGUGUUCACAGAGUAUGCCCACGUUCAGAGAGGGAAGUGCUGUGGCAGCGCGUGCAGACAUUGUCCAUAUGGUCAAGUCAGCGUGAAGGAUCCCACCAUGAGGAAACACUUCAACUCUCGGUUUUAUGUUUAGGCUUGGUGCCAAAUCUAGUGUAUGAAAUGUAGUUCGCAAUUGCGCUAAUCUGACCUUCAAACCUGUUGAUGGCCUGGUUGGAAAACUUACCGACUUCCAGUGAAGCAAACUCUUAACAACUAUUGGGACAAAAAAGAAAGAAAGUUUAAUUUUUGUGCGUUUCAUUUAUUUGUCUGCCUGUGUAUGAUGCUUGACUUUCUGUGCCAACCCCUAAAGGGAACGUCAAAAGAUGCUAAAAUAUCAGCUGCCAUUACAAGUUGGAUGUAUAGACAUUACAAUAGAAUAUAAUUGAGAAGCACUGCCCUAUAUUUCAGGAGCACAUAUCAAGAGUAAUUUAGUAUGAAUAAUAUUCUCCAACUUGGUCAAAACUCUGUAGACCCUAAUGUUCCAGACGCUAAUCAGAGAUGCCGCCAAUCACCAGCAAAUCUUGUACAUGUUUCGGUCCUGCCCCCAAAAAUGAAAAAAAAGAAAUUGGUCCAAAAUGUUUGGCAUUUUAGAUAGAUUUUGCUAUGUUGUUUUAAGACCAACUCUUUCUCGGGAAAAAAAAAAAAAAAAAAAAAAAAGAGCAUUUUCCUAAUACAACUCUGUGAAAUGGCUUGUGUCUCUUCGUUGUGCUCGGUAAAAAAAAAAAAAAAAAUCUUAAUGAAGCGUAGCAAUCGUGUCAUGCUGUUUGGCAUCUCAUACAUUUUUCUCUCAUACGUUCAGCGGCUUGAACAUGAGUAUUAUUUACACUCCACAAGUGCUCAGCUCAACUCUACCUUUGACUGAAAGGCAGUGUUGUUAAAAAUAGGAGAGGGCCAAGGGUCACCCCUCACACUUGGCUGCUUUCACGCUGCUUGCUGGAAUCAGGCUGUUAACAAACACGCCGAGGACAUCAACGGAAGCCCCAGUGGACUCACUGUUCCGCCGCCUGGUAGUGCUUGGCUCCGGCACAGCUCCCUGCGGCUGUUCUCCUGAGCAGCAGUCUAAUGAACUCCUGGACCAUCCUGAUCCCAGGAUGCAACAGAGCAGAUCACAUUCACAAGCGUGCAUAGACGGGCUUGUUCUGUCAGAAUGCCCCGUGGCCCCUAAUUGGCCAAUAUAGAAUAAAGGUUGCGCUAAACUCUACACUUAGUAGCCUGUAGUCAUGUAAUAGCAAAGGUCAAGAGCCUGUAUACGUCCCAGAUUUGUUUUUUGAAGAGAGGUAGGAAGUUUACUGGCUAGUCAUGUCAACACCUACAGUACAAACGCCAGUGAUGCUGUACUAGGAACAUCAUCCUCGGCCUCCAAUUUACUUCCUUGGACUCGUGAAUUAAGAAGGCGUUAACCACAUUCUCAUAACGUUGAUGAGAGACACACAAACAGUCCCAUGACUUGAUUUCUGACACCUGAUGUACAUACAUCCUGUAGACUCUGCAUACUUUCACAACAUGAAUUCGCAGUAAAUAUAUAGCUCACCAAAUAUAUACAAUUGUUUAAAAAUAUAUACAAUCGCCUAAACGUGCAUGCUCACAGGACUACAACAGAAAAGUUCUGCUAUUAAAAGUGUUGGCAACAAAUGUUCUCAUGAAUUUGUUGCGGCAUGUGAUUGUUAUGCUGCGCAGGAAGUUGAUGUAAAAAAUGCUGAAUGGAGGUUGGGGAAAUACCAGCUGAGAUGUAACCUGAAAUGUGUGUUAUGUGUGUUGAUCAUGUUCUGGAGGUGUGUGGCGACACAAGCGUUCCUGCUGUGCACAUUUGUUCAAAUGCUAUUCAGUGGAGAGCACUCCGAGGCUUUGCGUUGGUUUAAUGACGCCAGUGUUGCGAUCAAGACGCUAAAACUACCAGAGCAAUGUGUGGCUGCUUUACAUGUAGUUGAGCUGGUGACGUCAGUGGGCCAAAGUGCUCCAUGAAAACGAUAAAUUCAAUCUCUCAUUUGAAGCAUUUUUUAGUACGAGAAGAAAUCAUUCCUCUAAUUGUAUCCACUUUAGUCCAGUGCUCUUUCUGCUCAGUCCAAUGAGUUUAGUGCAGCAUUGUGAAAAACACAACGGCCACCUGAUUUGCACAUCAUUAGCAGAUUGAGCUCGAGCAGUUCUUCUCAUUCACAAUUGUUUUCACUUUUAAAUAUUCAUUUAUAUUCUAAAGGUCACCAAUAAGUAAAUAUCUCAGUAGUUCUGAACACUCCGUGAUAAUCUGAUGAUUGUGACACUGACCGUGUGUGAGGUAGACAUGGGUGGAUACAUCAAACAACCGUCCUCAUUUCUUGUUUUCACGUAUUUCUGAUCGGAACUGAUAACACAGUGAACGAUUUUCACUGAAAGGUCGUUAAUCACAGAUUAAUAUUUGUCAGUAGCAAACACUGCACGAACAAUGAGGCACACUGGAUCUGAUCUGAUCUUGUGAAUCUCCUCCUGGAGCGAAGCGCAACUCUAUUUAAGGAAACAAAAUGUAACAUAAAAACAAUCAUGAUGCUUUCUGAUUUGUGUUUUCUCUCUGUUUCUUUUUUUUUUUUCUUAAAUGAACUAUUCAUUGUUCUAACAGCUCACAUCCUCUCUAUUAAAUUGA